UAUUUUUAUUCUUUUGAAUAUAACUUAUCCAAAGAUCUGCCAUCUAUAGUAUUAAAUUUGAAAAAAUUAUAUAUAGUAUUUCCGUCUGAAGACUAAUAUUAAGAAAGAUAUAUGUCAUCUUUAUAUUUUUAUCUUUCACGGCAAGUAUCAAGUAUGGCUCAAUGUAAAUUAACCCCUCGUGAAUUUAUAUGUAAUGCUUUUUCACCGCAAAUUGCUGCAAUAUGUUCGAUAGCAGCUGAUACUGUAUGUCAGAAAAAUAAUUUAUCAUUUGUUGAACUUUUACAACCGUUUUGUAAAUUAAAUACUGAAGGUCAUUUUAAAGAUCCACAAGGAAAUAUUAUAAAUAUUAGAAAUCUUCGACUUUUUAUACAAGAUGUUAAUGCACAACCUCCAGAACCAAGUAUUGCUAGAAAAAUGUUAAAUGAAGCAGUUAGUUCAGCUGUAUGUGAGCAUACAACUAUUAUUCAAAUUGGAACAACAGAGCUUGAUGUACCAGUAUCAGUUCCAUGGUUUGAAGCAUGGCGAGAAAUGUUUUUAAAUGUUCAAUUUCCAUCAGACCAUGAAUUUACAAAACAUUUUCUUGCUUGUAUGAUAGUAGUUUCCACAACAGAAGACAAUCCCUUAGAAAAAAUACAAAAUAUGGGUACACAAUUACAUCAAAAUAUACCUGGAAAAUUGCCAAAAUGGUUUAAUAAUAAUACAUUAAGAUAUUAUAUUUUAAUAUAUGAUACUUUACAAGAUGAUAAAAACAAGGCUGAAAAAAUUUUUGCGGAAAUGAAAAAUAUUUAUGGUGCUAAUAAUUGCUUCUUAUUACAAAUGAAUUCACGACCACCAGGGCAAAUUGAUGAUAAUACUCAUUUACCAGAUCCUUGGAGUCAAUUUUUAGUAAAACAUUCAGAAAUAUUAGGAGGUAGUGAACAAAAUAGUUCUCCUCGUACACCUGCAGAUACUAGUGGUGUUUCUUCUAUGCCAAAUGAAGUUACAAUGGAUAUUGAUAAGACAAGCCAGGCUGGAACACCAAUUGCUUCACAAAAUUCUGUAUUAAUUUCUCCAAAUUUAAAUGAUAUUAUUAGUUUUACUUCUGAAAUAUCUGAUUCAAGAAAUACACAUUUAGAAAUUGGUCAAGAAGCUAUUCCUGUUACAAUUCAUCCUUUAAGUCCAACAGCUGAUAAAUCACGAAAUUCCGUUUUAUAUGGAAAACAAAUUAAUGAUGCCCCAAUAAAUGUAAAUGUUUGGGCAGAUUCUCCUAAUUAUUUAGCAAUACAACAUGGUGUUAGAUUAUCUACACAAGACCUUGAAAGAUUACGAACAUUAAUAACAGAAUUUUGCUUAAAAAGUUUAUUACCUUAUGUAGAAAAACAAAUUGGUUUGUUAAAUGAUGUAAUUUCAAAUAAAAAAGGUGUUAGUAGAUCACUUUUUAGUGCUACAAGACGAUGGUUUGGAACAAAUAAACCCGGAAUACCAGGACCUACUCCUUCAAAUGCUGUAAUUUAUACAACAGAAUCUCCAGAAUUACAAUUGCGUCGCUUAGGUGAUUUAUGUUUUAUGUUUGGUCACUAUUCACUUGCUUACCAAACAUAUCAUAGUGCAAAAAGAGAUUUUGCAGCAGAUCAAGCUUGGCUUUAUUAUGCAGGUGCUCUUGAAAUGGCUGCUUUAAGUGCAUUCAUGCAAGGUGAAACUAAUAGAAAGACUAUUGAAUAUAUGGAUGAUGCAAUAUUAACUUAUUCAACUAGUUGCAAAAUGCCUCAAUUUGCAACAAGAGCAACGUUACUCAGUGCAGAAUGUUUAAAAGGUAGAAAUUUAUAUGGAGAGGCUGCUAAACAAUUAAUUCGUAUGACUAGUGAAGAUUCAGAUUUGCGUUCUGCACUCUUAUUAGAACAAGCUGCUUAUUGUUUUAUUGGACCAAAAAUGGUGCGCAAGUAUGCAUUUCAUGCUGUUCUUGCUGGUCAUCGAUUUUCAAAAGCAGGUCAAAGAAAACAUUCUUUACGAUGUUAUCAACAAGCAUACCAAAUAUAUAAUGAAAGAGGUUGGUCAUUAGCUGAAGAUCAUAUACAUUUUACAAUUGGUAGACAAGCUGCAUCAUUGAAACAAGUUAGUGAAGCAGUAAAAGCAUUUCAAAAAUUACUCAAUGCUUAUAGUAAACAACCAGGUAUACAACAAGCUGCAUUUUUACGUGAAUUUUUACAUAUCCAUAAUUUACUGUUGCAGGAAAAUUUAUCAAAUCAUCAUGAGCUUCCUAUUUUGCCUUUGCCAUUAAUAGAUAGUAAUGAUAUUAAAGUACUUUUUGGUCCUAUAGCUAAAUCAUAUGAAAAUAAUAUUCCAGCAAGUCAUGUUUCAUUUAAUACUGAAGACUGUGAUGAUGUAAGAUGGUCAAAAAUGGAAGAAAUGUUAAUAACAGAAGCUCAGGGAUCUCCUCCUAUGAUAUUCAAACCUACAGUUGCAUUAUAUUCUAAAACAAGUAAUAAUAGCGUAAAACCAAAUGCAGUUUUAAAUGAGCCAGUGCAUUUUUUUAUUGAAUUAUAUAAUCCAUUACAUAUACCGCUACCAUUAUCCAAUUUAACUUUGUUAUGGUCAUUUACGUCCUCCAAUGGACAAAUUACGAAUGAAAUGAAAUCAUCAGAAAAUUUACAAUUAGUGGAAACACAAACAAUUGAAAAAAUUAUUUUACAACCUAUUACCAAGCAAGGCAUUAUACUAUGUCUUAUACCAAAAAAAAUAGGCGAAUUAAAAGUAUUAGGUUUAAGCUAUGAUUUAUCUAAUCCAACUCAUAUAAUAGAUCCACCAAUUGUUAAUCCAACAAUAGCUAUUACUGGAAAAAGAUUAUUUGAAAUUAAAGGACCUAGAUUAAAAAAUAUUAAAGAAAAACCUGGUACAAAUAUAUAUGGUGUAGAUUAUAGAUUAGAAAUGAAUAUUAUUGAAAAAGCUCCCUUUAUGCAGAUUUUCUUUAGUAAAUUAUCUUCAGAAAUGUUAUGUGGUGAAAUUCAAAAAAUAGAUAUUAUAUUGAAAAAUGUGGGUAAUUCAUCAUUAACAAAUAUUUUUUUGGCAUCUACAGAUGCUAAACUUUUUUCAUUAGGAGAUGAGCACAUAAAUAUACAAGAAAAACAUAUGACAAAAAGAAAUAACAGACUUAUAUUAAAAAUUCCGUUAUCUUCUAAUAAUAAUAUAUUAAAUAUUGGAGAAACACAUACAAUACCAUUUUGGAUUCAAGCACCUCAUGAAAAGGGAAUUCAUUAUUUAGAUUUACUCUUUUACUAUGAAAAUAUUGAUUCAAAAAGCAUGAUGAAAUAUCGACUUUGUAGACAUACUUGGCAUUUUACAAUUUUGGAUUCUAUACAAAUUAGCUCAAUUGCUUCAAGAAGUACAUUAUUUAAAGAUAUUUCGCCUACAUUAAAUUUAAUAAUAUGCAUUAAAAAUGCAAAUCAAAUUCAUGAUUUAAUUACAAAUGAAAUUUUGUUGUACAAAAUAUUGUUUCAAAGUGAUACUUGGUCUGUAUUUGAUUUAUCCAUUUUAUCAACAAAUAUUAAGAUACAGACUCAAGAAGUAUUUCAUUUAAUGCUAAAAUUAAGAAAAAAAAAUCAAAAUGAAUCUAAGUUUUCUGAUAUAUCUUUAACUCAAGAAAAUGAUUACAUUGAAUCAGAUAUAAAUUAUCCAUAUAUAGAUUUUAUACGAAGAAAGGAUAUUCCAUCAUUAGAUAUCAAUGAAAAUGUAACUGAAAUACAACAAUGUCAACGAUUAUCACAAAAUAUAGAACAAAAGCCUUUAUUUGCUACUAUGACAUUAAAUUCUACUUUAAUUCUUAAGUGGCGGGCAAAGAUAAUCAAAAAUGGAAUUAUUACAAAACAAGCAAUUGGUCAACAUCAUCUUGAUAUACAAUAUUUAAAUAAAACUUACAAACAUCCAAAAGAAAUUCAAGUUGAAUCAAAUGAAGAUGCUGGUCGUUUGAAGAUUUUUGGACCUGAUAGAAAUAUACUUGAUUCUUUGGCUGUAAUUAAUAAAGAACAAGUAUCAGAAUCCGAAUUUUUGAAAAAUAUAAUUUCUUUUUCUUUAAACCAUGAUAGAGAAAUCAAGCAUAAUUUUCAUCAAAAUCGAUUAUGUUUCCUUCCUGUAAUAAUGUAUAUACAGAAUCAUUUAGAAUCAAAAAUUGAUAUUAAAAUCAAUACAAUAGGUACUAGCAGUGAAAAUCAUCUUCCAAAUAUAAAAUCACAAUUAUAUUCUCCACAAGCUUCUACAUAUUAUAGAUAUGCUUGCCAUUCAGCAAUUUGUUCUCAUGUAGAACCAAUGAUGAAUAAUACUGUAAAAUUACAAGCUGUAUUUUCAACCCCUGGAACAUAUGAUUUAGCAGCACGAAUAGAAAUCUUUGCAAGAAUUGUAAAUACUAGAGAAUUUAUUUUGCAGAAAUGGAAAAUGGAAAGCAUAUGUAUUAUUAAUAAUGAUAGUAAAUAGUUAAAAAAUAUAGAGAUAUCAUCAUCAUCAUCAUCAUCAUCAUCAUCAUCAUCAUCAUCAUCAU